AUGAAGAAGGACCUAGCGGACUGGCGCAGCCGCAUGAACCAGCAGGUGGAGAGCUACCGUGCAGAGCUGAGCGGGCUGCAGACCAGCUUGAGCGCCGAGAUGAGCAGGCUGCGGGGCGAGCUGGCAGACAUGAAGGCUCGCAUCAGGCAGCAGAUGGACAGCAACACGGCAGUGCUCGGAGACCUGCGACAGCAAGGCGCCGGGGACGCGGCCACCGAGGCGGCGCUAUCUGCGGGCGGUUCGACGGAGCCAGCGGCGCCGGCACGCGCGAAAGCGUGA